GAGGAGCGUGAGAUGUGGAUGGCCAUGUCAGAAGAACAGUUCGCCGUUCUGGGUCAAAGCUUGUCGCAGUCGCACAGAGAUCAGCUCGCCCACGCGCGUGCCAUGGCCAACUUCGGGCGGCAGGGCGCGCAGGCGGAGGCACAGCAGGCCAACUUGCAGAUCGGCAAGUUCUCGCAGCAGGUGCUGCAUCAAAAGCAGAGGCUCGCGAAGCUGGAGGAGCAGGCGCAGCAGGCGAUCAUGGCGGCGGUCGUGGCCAAGCAACAGUUGCAGGAGACGGAGAAGCAGCUGGGCGAGGCCAAGCGGCGCGCGGCCGAGCACCUGGGGGUGCCGAUCAAGGAGGCGCUGGGAAAGUUCGAGCAGGCGGUGCCGUCGGAGCUGGCCCCGCAGCUGCAGGGCGCGGUCGACGCGCUCAGGGCGCAGCAGGCCGCAGCAGCGAUGCAGGGGAGACAGCCUGGUGGCGCCGCGGCGUCAGGCGGCACCGUCGGCGCCGCCGCCGCGGGCGCGGGCGCGGGCGCCGCCAGCGCAGGAGGCGCAGGCGCUGGCGCCCAGACGCCAGGCGCCCAGGGCGCCGCAGGCGGCGGCGCCGACACGGAGCGCGACGUCAAGAUGGUCGAAGCUGAUGGUGGUGUUCUUAUUGACCUUCGCUCCCAGCUCGAGUCUGAUGGCAAGCUCACAGAUCCCGAAGUGCAGGCCACCAUCCAGCGCCUGUUCAGCAAGGCGACCCAGCGCCUUGAGGAGGAGAAGGCUGAG